AUGGCAGGUAAGGUGUAUGACAGGGAUGGCAGGGGCGAUCGCGGUACACCCUCCAUGAUGCCCGGGGUGCACACCUCAGGCGCCUACUCGGACUACGACGGCCAUUCCCGCUACUCAAAUGGCUACCACGACGCGUACGUAAGGCGCACGGACCACUCACCGCGUUCAGCGUACACAUACCAGGAGCCGUACUCACGUAGGCCCGAUGAUGCCCAGUCCGCACGCAGUGAGCCCUACAGGCACGACCCGUACGUGCGCGAACCGAUGAGCUACAGGCGCGACGAGCGCUACAGCAACAACCAGAUGGCGCGACAGUCGGGCGUCGUCGUCAACGGCAACGGAACAAGUGGCUACGUGUCGUCAGAUCAGCAGAGCAACGUGAGCAGGGAUGAGGACGCGCACACCUACCCGCAAAAUCGACGACACUGCCACCGCUCACAGGCCGUCGGUGCACAGCGCAGGGUUAUCCGCGUCUUCACGCUCUCCUCCCUUCCAGGUCUGCUGUUUCCAGCGGACGGGAUGAGGAAGCUGAAGCUGAUGGAGAAAUCUAUUGGCAUCUGGACACGCGCGAUGCUGCUGAGACUCGAACGAAAAUGGAUCGUCAUCUGUGACUACGAAAACGGGGACGUCGUCGAGCGUUUCCCCAUCAAUCUGGUGCAGGAGCCGUCAGCUGUCGUCAGUACAGACCCGAAGGAGAUGUACAACAACAUCGUGCUCUUCACCGUGCAGGGCGAACCGAAGCAGAAGAACUACUCGCCGAGGCGAAAUGCACAUGGAGGUCUUCCCGGCUCAGUGCUUAGGCGAUGCUCGGCGCAAGACAUAGUCGACGAGGUCAGAAGAAUAAAGGUAGGGAAGGGGCUGAAGGGCCGGAGAGGGCAGCUUCCCGUACACGUGGCGCCAUCUGGUCUUCCCGAGGCGCAGUACAACGGCACGUCCAUGUACUCAGCUCAGAAUCAGUCGAAGACGAUGCAGCGUAGUGAGGUCAGACAGAAUUCCGGGUCCGGGAUCAGAGACUGGGACAACGACUCGCUGACGAGCGACAACACCGAGCGCGACGUGAUCAUGUUGAACCACUGCUUCGAUGACAUUGAGAGGUUCAUCGCAAAGCUGCAGCAGGCUAGCGCAGCAUACAGGGAGCUGGAACGAAGGCGUAGGACACGGAAAAGCAAGAAGAAAGGACAGGGAGACGGCAUGUUGGCCAUCAGAGCACGGCCGCCACCAGAACACGAGUUCAUCGAUGUCUUCCAGAAGUUCAAACUCGCGUUCAUUCUGCUGGCGAAGCUGAAGAAUCAAAUUCACGACCCGAACGCACCCGAGCUCGUGCACUUCCUCUUCACUCCCCUCGCUCUCAUCGUCGACGCCUGCCGCGACUCCAACUACGCCGUCAACCUGCCCGUCCACGUGGUGGCGCCACUGCUCACGCUCAAGUCGGUCGACAUGCUGCAGAACUGCCUCACCUCGAAGGAGUCGGAGCUGUGGGAGUCGCUGGGCGAGGCCUGGACCGUGCCAAGACAACUUUACAAGGGCUACGUACAUCCCUACCACCCGGUGUUUGCCGACGGUUGGUCGCCCGGGAUAGAGAUCGAUGAUCGGGAUAGGGUCGCAAGCCAGGCAGCGACCACCGCACGCAUAACACACGGAGACGACAUAUGGAAGGCACAGAACGAGGCGGAGGAGAGGCAGCAGCACUAUGCACGCUACGACGACCGCGACAGCCGCUACUCACAUCAGCCCUCGCAGGAGCGCUACGGCUCCGAGAUACGCUACGAUCAAGCCCCGCCCCCGGACAGGUUACGCGGACCGGAGAGCGGUUUGGUGCCGACUCACGGCACACGGAGAGAUACGAGGAGAAGCGACAGGGAAGCGACUACAAGCCGCCAGCUAACGAUUACCGCGGACCGCCGCGCCGAACCCAGGUUCGACGCACGACACAGCGAGGAGAGAUUCUACGACGGGCAGGGGCAGACGAGCAGACACGGAUCACAGUACGAGUCUCGCCCGCCGCCACCCGCUGACCACAGGCGGAGCCACAUGAGCAGCAGUCACGUGAUGCACGAGCGCGCGAAGCAGCAGAUGGACGACCCGCUCGACCGGACGCGUCGCAACUUCGAUGAGACGCAGUCGUCGUUUCUCAAGCAGCUACGCCACGCCAGCGGCAAGGCGUACGAGGUGACGUACGACCGAGUCGGCAAGAACGAGAAGGAGCUGACCGUCUCCAAGGGAGAGUUCCUCGAGAUCUUGGACGACACGCGUAACUGGUGGAAGGCGAGAAAUGCUUACGGCCGGAUCGGACAUGUGCCCUACACGAUCCUGAAGGCCUAUGUCGAGACAGACACCGGCUACAAUUACAUGCACGCGGGUGAGCCUGAGCCUGAGAAGGAUUAUGAGACCCCCAGCCCUCCCCCUGCACCAGCCCCACCGACCCCUCCCCCCAUGAUGACCAAGCCCCCGCCCACAGCAGAUGUGAGAGCGGAGAGGGUAUCGCACAAGGUUCCGCAGAGAAAACCGGAUCCGAUACUUCGCGGGAAAUCGGAGCAGACGCCUCGGAGGGCGUCGGAUGAUCCCGCAUCCGAAUCGGAUUCCGUGCCAGAGAGACGCCCGGAGGUAGACUGGAUAAACGCCCCGAUACGGGAGACGCAGCUGCGCUCGGUUCCGGAUUUGGUACCGGAGAGGAGCCCUCGGGAUUCUCCCGAGAGGAAGCUAGCGGCGUCUCCAACAAUGAGACCAGUUGCACCACCGAUUAGGAUCCCAGAGAAGAAGCCGGUGGUAGCUGCGUUGGAGGAGGAGGCUGAGAAGAUAGCAGACGACUCACAGCAGGACCGCCUCCGUGACGAACUGAAGCAGAAGAUGCUGCUGUCGCCACACAAGCUCAACAUCCGGCGUACGGCGUUGGCCAGUAGCAGCAUAUCCGGUACGUCACGUCCGGACCAGGUGCAGCAGUGGCUCAAGGAGAAGCAGUUCAAUGGCAGUGUGCGCGACCUACUGGACGGACUAGACGGUGCCUCUCUCUUCAUGCUCAAGGCAUCUGAGCUGGAACAGUAUUGCGGUAAAGUGGAGGGCAGGCGACUUUACAGCCAACUUCAACUACAGAAGAAUAUCUCAGGGUACCAAACGAUCAGCUCUCGUGAGUUGGACACCCUGCUUCAUAUUCGACGUCAGGAAAUCGACGAACUCUAGCGGAAUUGCAUCAGUGUUCUUCAGCAACUAAUAACUAAGAACAACAAGGCUUCCGAAUUAUUUCUGCCGCGGUAGAAAUAAUUUAUCCCCGGUUGAAUUAUGUGAUACACGACAUCAGAUUGGGUAAAAGGCCAAUUAUUUCAACCGCGGUAAAAUAAAUUAUUUCUGAGUACGACGGCCAGCGAUAGACGUAGUGGCUAUUCGUUGGUAUAGACAGAGGGAACUAACUUGAUAGGGCUGGUGUCAGAGCUUCCAUGAAGUCCAUUAAGAAUAAUAAUAGAAUAAGAUGGAAGUGUCAAGUAGAUAUAUAUAGCUAUACGGACUUUUGUUAUUAUCGCGCGAUCAAGUUUGCGCCUACUGAACAUGGAUAACGGUAAGCAAAUAUUCUGUAAAAUUACACGAACACACAAUAACAAACGCGCGCGCAUGUGUUUAAGAAAGAUGGAUAUUAUUUUUUAUCGGAAAUCCUUUUUGUCACAUAUUUCUAUAACACGUGACACUGCAUUGUUUCCAAUGUACUCGUCUUGUAUAUGGCCUGUAGUUUAGGUUUGGCCAGUAUUUUACUUUUAGUGAACACUUAGUGAGGCGUGUAGUUUAUAACCGUAAAAAGACGGACUGUUAAGUUAAAUUUGUACAAGCGACUGUUAAAAAUGAACACGAAUAAUAAACAAACCAAUAACUUACACUUUGGAGUUACUUUACUUUGCCACCACCACUAUAAUAUGUGAGCAAUAAAUAUUAUGAAAUAAA